CCCCUUCUUUGAUUAUUCUAGAUCUGUCAAGAGAGAGAGAAGUGCUCUGCUUCAGCUAGCUGAAGGUGGAGCUCAUUUUCUUGUCGCUGAACGUCAGCUAAACCUCUCCAUUUUCCUUUCUUCUAGCUCACUGUGUGCCACUGUGUUGAGUCAAUCGGAUCUCAUUCUUUUACCUGCUGCAGCGUCGAUUAUCACCUCCUUUUUCUUUGUUCAUGUCGCUUGGUUGAGGAUGUGAUUCAUAUGAAGGAAAAGAGAGGGAGAUCAUGUGAAUAUUAUAUCAUCAUCGAGUAACAGAGAGAUGCUUGGGAAUAAACUUUUGAAGGUUGGAAUGUCACCAAACGAGAAAAGAAGAGCCACCAGCCACGUGGAAGUCCCUGCGUUGCACGUCCAAAGUCGCAUCAGUUAAGAGCAUACGCUAGCACCGUAGAGGAGGUAGAUAUGGUGGUCUUCAAGGCUUCGCGAAUAGAAACCACGCCUUUCGACGGCCAGAAGCCUGGAACUUCUGGUCUCCGUAAGAAGGUGAAGGUAUUCAUUCAGCCAAAUUACCUGCACAAUUUUGUCCAGUCAACAUUCAAUGCUUUGACCUCAGAAAAAGUUAGAGGUGCUACACUUGUUGUGUCAGGGGAUGGUCGCUAUUUUUCAAAGGAAGCAAUUCAGAUUAUUACCAAAAUGGCAGCAGCAAAUGGAGUAAGACGUGUUUGGAUUGGUCAAAACGGAUUGCUUUCAACUCCUGCUGUAUCUGCUGUUAUACGUGAAAGAGUGGGGGUUGAUGGAUCCAGAGCAACAGGUGCAUUUAUACUGACUGCAAGUCAUAAUCCUGGUGGACCUCAUGAGGUGGGUACUCCCAUAUUUACUUUUAGUCAAUUAUGAAGCUGUGAAGUUUUUAUUACUGAUUAUGAUGAUAUCUGGU